CUCCCCGUAUGAUAUGGGGAGCAUUUCGUGGACGAUGAGGGGCUCCACGGGGGCCCGGGCGCCCGGACCGAGGAUCUUCGUAUUGCAUCACAGUCCAUCACGCGUCCUGUCUUCCGCCACCACCACCGCCCGCGGUCGCCAAGCUCUCCGUACGGUGGGCGCGCAGAUUUCCAAAAGCGCCCUGUUAUCGUGGGCCGCUCUCACCAUCUCUACGCCUCACUAUGCACAGGAACCUUACGUAAACCAUUUAGCCCGUUGUCUCCGCGCUCUAUAAGUACGAUGGAAUGGCCGUCUCGUCAAGCCGCCUCUCCCCCUCCUUCCGUCACCUCCCAUUGAGAUCUCCGGUUGACUUUCAUUUGCCAUUGACUCUCGUCUAUCUACCAUGAUCAUCAUCGACAAGCCCAUUGACAAGCAUCUCGAGGAGACGUCCGACGCGGUCGACGAGGUAAACAAGCUCAAGAGCGCCGUUCAAUGGGACACCAAGGCGAACUUCGACUCCGAGAAGGACAAGACGCAGUUUCGGCGCUACGAAGAGGCCUGCGCGCGCGUGAAGAAUUUUUACAAGGAGCAGCACGAGAAGCAGACCGUCGAAUUCAACAUCCAGGCGCGUGCAAACCGGCGGAAGCACGUCAGGGCACGUAUGGGUAUCUGGGAAGCCAUGGAGAAGCUCGACACCCUGCGGGACGACUCGGACCCCGACACGGACCUCUCCCAGAUCGAGCACCUCCUGCAGACGGCAGAGGCGAUCCGCCGCGAUGGGAAGCCAGAGUGGUUCCAGGUCGCGGGCCUGGUGCACGACCUUGGCAAGCUGCUUUACGUCUUCGGAUCGGACGGGCAGUGGGACGUCGUGGGGGAUACGUUCGUCGUCGGGUGCAAAUUCUCCGACAAGAUUAUCUAUCCGGAGACGUUCGCGGGCAACCCGGACUCGAAGGACGAGAUAUACUCGACGGAGUAUGGGAUCUACAAGCCGCACUGUGGCCUGGAGAACGUCAUGCUUUCUUGGGGGCACGAUGAGUACCUAUAUCACGUCUUGCGCGACCAGAGCCGGCUCCCAGUCGAGGCGCUGUACAUGAUCCGCUAUCAUAGCUUCUAUCCCUGGCACCGUGAGGGCGCGUACAAGCACCUCUGCAACGCCGAGGACGAGAAGGCACUUGCCGCCGUCAAGGCGUUCAACCCGUACGACCUAUAUAGCAAGAGCGACGACUCGGUGGACCCAGCGAAGCUUAAGCCGUACUACCAGGGCCUCAUCGAGAAGUUCUUCCCCGAGGUUAUCGAGUGGUAGGCGCCGACCUUGCAGACGUGCUGAACCUGCUAGUCCGACCUACGAGUGGUUGCAAUACUCCUGUCAGAUAUGUACCAUAUGUAUGAUUAUUCGGAUAUAUGUACCAUUGACUCUGUCCGCUGUCCAUCGCGCUUUGGAGAUGAAUCAGGAUGUGGAACCACUCAACCAGAACUGAGGCGUAACCGGCG